AUGGGGAGAACUCUUUUCAUGUUGCUUCUAACGAUUAUUCAUGUAUCACUACUAAUAAACUCAGUUAUUGCGGUUAAUCUAAACAAAGGGUUUAGUUUGAAGAUGAUUCAUAGAGACUCCAAAGAAUCACCUGUAUAUCCAGGCGACCAUUUAACAAGAGAAGAAAGGCUUCAAAGACUCCUUGAACAAACUAAAUCCAAAGCACGUUACAUCGAGUCACAAAUAUUAUUCCAUAGCAAGGCAACACGCUCCAUGAAUCCUGAAUCUACACGUUUUCCUGUAGUUUACGAACCUAGAAUGUAUUAUGUUGCAAAAGUUGGUUUAGGUACGUUUCCUGGUAGACGACAAUCAUUCAUAAAUUACUAUUUAAUGAUUGAUACAGGUAGUGAUCAGACAUGGAUUCAAUGUGAAGGUGCUACUAAAUUUUUCGCUCAAAAUAUGCCACUUUAUCCUUGGAGUUCGUCAACUACAUAUCGUCCUAUUCCUUGUAAUACGCAUCCUCUUUGCAAGGGAGAUAAGUGCAAUGUUGAUGGUCAAUGCACUUAUGCAUCGCUCUAUUUGGCUGGUGGGAACACAUCUGGUAUUGUUGCUGAAGAAAAAUUCACUUCAAGAACUAGUACCGGUGAACUUGAAAGUAUUAAGUUGCGUAUGGGUUGCGGAUUCCUCCAAAAAAAUUUCACUACUAUCGGUAAUAAUCAUUUGUAUGGAAAACCUGAUCUUAUUGCGGGAAUACUCGGUUUAGGAUCGGGACAAUGGUCUUUUAUAAAUCAAUUAGGUGCUGCUGGACAAGGUAAAUUUUCCUAUUGCUUAGAGACAUUUAACCCGAAUAUUGAGGGAUCAGAUACAUAUUUAAGGUUUGGUGCAGAUGCGACUAUUGGAGGUAUGGGUCAAAAAGUACUUACAACUCCUAUUGUUGUGCCUGAGUUUGAAACUUCAUUAUAUUACUUAAACCUAGAAGAUAUUAGUGUAGGGGAUAAAAGAGUAGGAUUUCCUAGAGGUACUUUUAAAGUCAACACUCAAGGAAAAGGCGGCACUAUCAUAGAUUCUGGUGCUCCAAUGUCCGUGAUGUUCAAAGAUCAUUUUGAUAGAGUUGCAGAUUUGGUAAAGUCACAUUUUGACAAUCUCGGGAUUGAAUAUGUUGGUCCCCACCAAUAUUUUGAUGUUUGUUUCCGCCUACGGGGAAGAUUUGAUAUUACCAACUAUCCUUCAAUAACACUUCAUUUUCAACAAGCCGACUAUGUAAUUCCAGAUUAUAAAGCUAAUUUUAUAAUAUUCAAUAAUGACAUAGUUUGUCUAGGCAUUUACCGAGAUAAUAUCUAUACAGUAGCUUUUGCUUUAGGAGCGAUGCAACAAGCUAAUAAAAGGAUUUUGUAUAAUAUUAUGGAUCGAUCACUCUCAUUUGCUACAGAGUAUUGUGAAUUAGGUUCAUGA